AGCCUCAAAGCUACUUGUUGGCGUUUGGGAGCACUUGCUGAAGGUAGUCAGACUCCAAGAGGCCUUUCCUGGUCACUCCCAGCCCACUGUGCCGCUUGUUUCAGAAGGAAGAAGCUAGUUUGUAGUGUAAAAUGGACGCAAUACUGAAUUACAGUUUGGAAGACACUGAAGAUUACUACACGCUACUGGGAUGCGAUGAACUGUCUUCGGUUGAACAAAUCUUGGCAGAAUUUAAGAUCAGAGCCCUGGAAUGUCACCCUGACAAGCAUCCUGAAAAUUCCAAAGCUGUGGAGACUUUCCAGAAACUGCACAAAGCAAAGGAAGUUCUGACCAACGAAGAGAGUCGAGCCCGCUAUGACCACUGGCGAAGGAGCCAGAUGGCGGUGCCUUUCCAGCAAUGGGAAGCUCUGAGUGACUCCGUGAAAACGUCAAUGCAUUGGGCUGUCAGAGGUAAAAAAGAUCUGAUGUUGGAAGAACCUGACCAGACUCACGCCAACAAGACUGAAAACGAGGACUGGAACGCGCGAAGACCAGUCAAUAAAGAGGAGAGGCGUUCAAGCACCGAGGAAAUAGAGCAGAAAGCAUCCGCGUCCCUGGAGAAGGGACGCUCCCCACAAAGUCCAGAUUCUCCAGACGCGAGCUGCGGGCACCUGCGAUUCCGCUGGUCUGGAGACGCUCCCUCGGAACUUCUGCGGAAGUUCAGAAACUACGAGAUAUGACCUUCCUGGGAUCACGCGACAGGGAGGGAUCCGACCAGCCCUCGCCGUGGAGUCUUCGUUGCCCCUCAACGUUCCGUGGGGUUUGUCCCGUCUGUGAAUUGCCCGUUAAUUCUUCCAUUCAUGAACCCGUUCUCACAGUGUGAAACGUUCAGAAGAGUAAUUUCUCUCAAUAUUCUCAUAUACUAAUAUAAAAUACUCAUAUUCUCAUAUACAAUAUUCUCAUUCACUCUUUCCUGUGAAUGUUAUUUAUAGAAACCAUUUACAUAUUGAUCUCUGUAUUUAAAUACUUCAUUGGUAUAUUAUGAUCUCUUAAUGCUGGAGGUAUCAGGAAUGCUUUCUCUUGAUUAAAAAUGAAACGUGAAAUGACAUGUCUAACUCCCAUGCAGUGCAAUAAACACUUUCUUCAAAAUUGUGUUCUAGCUAUGAAAAUGGGGCUGAGGGUUGUAUGUAUCCUGUGGUUGUUUUCCUAGUAUGUGGACAAAUAGGAAGGAAAAGCCGAGAAGGAAAAAGAAGUAAGAGCAAGGUCUCCUUAGUUACCGAGUUCUCACUGGUUCUUGACAAAAUGAGAAAACUAUAGCAACUUCUUGGGAAAGCCAGGGAGAGUCCCUGGGUCAUGUGAAUGGUUACCAACCUCAACUACGAAUGGAACGCUGGGAGGUUCAAGGCCACCCGAGGCACCGUGGAAGAAUCAGCCUCUGAGAGCCCCAUGCAGCAGUUAGACUCACGGUGUUACACACGGUGACUCCGGAGCUGCUCCCAGUCAGUGAUUCAUGGACUCCUAAUGGACUCCCUGCAAACUGAUUGGAAAAGCUAAAUUUAUCAAUGAAGCAAAGCAAGCUCAAACCCAUUGCCACGAAGCCAAUUCCAAUUCAUAAUGACCCUGUAGAUAUAGGAUUGGGUAGACAUGUUCCUUCCGGUUUCAAAGAUUCUAAUCUUUUUUUUUUCCCCCCCAAAGAUUCUAAUCUUUAAGCGAGCAGACGACCUCAUCUUUCUCAUGCGGAAUGGCUGGUGGGUUUGAACCACUGCCCUGGCGGUCGGAAUUUACUAUACUCCCAGGAUUUAUUUCUCUAUAAAGGGCCCUCCUUUACUCAGAAAUUAUGUCCAUCUUACGUUUGAGGUCUAACAUGUGUUUCUUUUUAUGAAAUAGGGUCACAGUAGAUGAAGAUUUUCUGUUUUAAAUACAGCCCUAUAUUGGUCAUCUCAACUUCAUGUGAAAUGUGGAUUUCAUCAAAUCCCAACGUUUUGGGAAUUCUUCUAUCGACAUUUUACCACUUUAGUAAAAUGUGGCUUGGCAUUAUUACUGUAUCUGCAACUUCUACUUCAAAACAUUAAAAUAUAAAUGAAAACGACAUAGUUCAUUAAGUAAAUAAUAGGUGAAAGUCACAUGUCUCCAUAGAAAUGCCUGGCCCAGAGUAGGAACUCAACUAGAUUGAAUAGAUUUAUUUUUGAAGCUAAGAAUCAGAGUUUUGAGUUUUUUCUUUUCUACCCAAAGAAAAGAACUGAUGAGAAAAAAGCUGAUUUAUUUAUUUUUAUUAAAAGAUAAUUUUAUUGGGGGCUCUUAAACAACUCUUAU